AAAUAUCUUAAAAAGUUGAUCUAAGAAUUUUAUGUAUUGACAGAAACUCUACCAGGAAGCUUACUGAAAGUAAUCUAAGUUGUAAAAAGAAUCAAUGCUACGGGAUUUCAAUGAAAGUUCUGAAGAUGACGAUAUGGAAAGCCAGUAUGAAAUAGAUUCAGAGUGCUAUACUCUCACACACACUGAUCGCGAUAUGCAUAACAGAUGCUGUGGGGGUAAAGCAUGGUGUAUAAAGGAUAUAUGCGGCAUAAUAUGCGCUGUACUAACAUGGCUGUUGAUACUGUACGCGGAGUUUGUGGUGAUGAUGGUGAUGCUCGUGCCCGGCCUAUCGACAUAUCCGAUUUACGGAUAUGUCAAUAUGUUCAUAUUCCAGACUUUGGCUUUCCUUGCUUUUGCGUCACAUCUUAGGACCAUGUUCACAGAUCCUGGUGCAGUCCCAAAAGGUAAUGCCACUAAAGAAAUGAUCAGGCAAAUGAGCUUCCGCGAGGGUCAAGUCAUAUUCAAGUGCACCAAGUGCUGCAGCAUCAAGCCGGAACGAGCCCAUCACUGCUCGGUGUGCCAACGGUGCAUCAGAAAAAUGGACCAUCACUGCCCUUGGGUGAACAAUUGCGUCGGUGAAAACAAUCAAAAAUAUUUUGUCUUGUUCACGUUCUACAUAGCGGCUAUAUCGAUCCACUCGCUCACACUCUCCGUGUACCAGUUUGUGACGUGCAUCCGUCAUGAGUGGCGAGACUGCAGCACCUAUUCUCCACCAGCUACGGUCGUUCUGAUACUCUUCCUGGUCGCAGAGGGUUUACUCUUCGCUGUUUUCACCGCCGUCAUGCUCGGCACACAGCUGCAAGCUAUAUGGAAUGAUGAAACGGGCAUUGAGCAAUUGAAGAAGGAACAGGCGCGUUGGGUCCGCAAGUCUCGAUGGAAGAGCAUACAAUCAGUGUUCGGACGUUUCUCCAUUCUUUGGCUGUCUCCUUUCACUCAGCCAUCGCCGAAGACGAAGGUUGAAAGCUACUUAUACAGUGUUUAA